UCCCAAAAAAAAACAAUAAAUACACAUGCAGGUCUUUGUAAUGCAUCAAUACCUCGUUCCCUCUCUUCUCAGGUCAUAUUCGUAAAGAUGGCUCAAAAAGUGGAAGCAGCAGGUGGUACCGGAGGAGCUUCAUGGGAUGAUGGUGUGCACGAUGGCGUUAGAAAGGUGCAUGUAGGGCAAGGCCAAGAUGGUGUGUCGUCUAUCAAAGUCGUGUAUGCGAAGGAUUCUCAGGAUGUUGAAGGAGGUGAAUAUGGAAAGAAGACGUUACUUGGAUUCGAAACGUUUGAAGUUGAUGCAGACGACUACAUUGUAGCAGUGAAAGUGACCUACGACAACGUAUUUGGCCAAGACUCUGACAUUAUCACAUCUAUAACCUUCACUACAUUCAAGGGGAAAACAUCUCCACCCUAUGGAUUGGAAACGGAAAAGAAGUUUGUACUCAAGGACAAAAACGGUGGCAAACCUGUUGGGUUCCAUGGACGUGCUGGCGAAGCUCUACAUGCUCUUGGAGCGUAUUUUGCUACAACCACAACUCCUGGGACUCCUGCCAAGAAACUGUCUGCAAUUGGUGGGGAUGAAGGAACUGCAUGGGAUGAUGGUGCUUACGAUGGUGUUAAGAAGGUGUACGUAGGACAAGGUCAAGAUGGGAUAUCAGCCGUUAAGUUUGAGUACAACAAAGGCGCUGAGGAUAUUUUAGGAGGUGAACAUGGAAAGCGUACUUUACUCGGAUUCGAGGAGUUUGAGCUAGACUAUCCAAGUGAAUACAUCACGGCAGUUGAAGGCACCUAUGAUAGAAUCUUUGGGAGUGAUGGCGUAGUCAUAACUAUGCUUAGGUUCAAGACUAAUAAACAAAUGUCUGCCCCCUUUGGACUUGAAGCUGGCACAGCCUUCGAGCUCAAAGAGGAAGGCCACAAGAUCAUUGGCUUCCAUGGAAAAGCCAGCGAGUUGCUUCAUCAGUUUGGAGUCCAUGUCAUGCCAAUCACCAACUGACCACAUUAAUUACAGCUUUCUCCUUUGAUUGUAUCGAAUUUGUUAAUUGUGAUCUCUUGAAUAAGUUGUUAUACCUAUAAUGAUAUAUUAUCUUUAUUUAUGUUUAAAUGUUUUUAAGCGUUCCCUUUUGUGAUGUUGGUCUUUAUAUAAUGUUUACAUGUGAUAGAUUUGAAUAAAAGUGGUUGAUUCCAUGCA